AUGGGAGAAUUUGUGCUGUUGAAACCAUUGUUCCCUGGAAAUGGAGAGUUGGAUGAAAUAAACAAGAUUUUUAUGAUUCCCUCCUUUCAGGAACUUGGGACACCUUCAGAUUCUAUAUGGGAGGGUUAUAGUGAACUACCUGGACCAAAACUUGUAAGUCGUUGUAUUUUUAAAUUCACGUCGAUGCAUUAUGAUGUCAUCGACUUUUCAGAUGAAGUUAGCGAAUCAUCCUUACAAUCAGUUGCGGAAGAAGUUUCCUGCUCACCUAAUGAAUGA